ACAGAUUCGUAGCACGGUCACGCCAUGAUGAAACUCUGCAUCUUCCUCGCUUUCGCCACUACCGCACUCGCCGCGAAAGAUUUCGAGCCGCAGUGCGAUCAGGGACCAGAACCCGGUCUCUGCAGAGCUUUUCUCCCGAUGUGGUGGUUCAACGCGAAAACCGGGAAAUGCGAAGAGUUCGUCUACGGCGGUUGCGGUGGCAAUGGCAACAGAUACGAGACGAGAGAAGAGUGCGAGAAAACCUGCUCGACCAAAACAGUGGCCUACAGAAAAGAAGAAUCUGCAGAGCCUUCGGCUGACGUGACGAAAGAUUCCCACUCGGCAUCCGUAGCAGAGCUGUGCAGGAGACCGCCCUUCCCUGGCCCUUGCCUGGCAUAUUUCCCACGUUUCUACUACGAGCCACAGACGAACUCAUGCCGUCCAUUCAUCUACGGAGGCUGCAAGAGUAACGGAAACAACUUUGAGACACUUCAUGCAUGCAAAGAAUUCUGCGCCUAAGCGGAGGGC